ACAUACUAAUUUGAAUAAAGUAUUUUUAAUGAUAUUGCAAAUUUUUUUUUAUUUAAUGCACGAGAAAAUUAUAAUCAAGCUUUCAGAAAUGUCUUACCAAUCAUAGGGAAAAUGCUAUGUUAAGUGUUAAGACAUUUAAGAUAAAUGUCAGACGAGGAGUGUGUAGAUUUCAAGCUGAUGAAUACAUAGAUGACCGACUUGAAGUCGAGCUGUCGAUUAGAGAUUAUUAAACUAUUUCGAUAAUUUGAACCUAUUAGAUUUGAAAAUGAAUUCAAAUCCAAUCAACUGUAAUUACAUUUGAUUCAAAUUCAAAUUGGCGUCUGUAGUAAUAAAAUAAUUUUAUACAUCUAAAGUAUUUUUGAAUUUAAAAUAUACAUUAUUAUAUACAUUAUUUUUCCCUUGAUUAAAUGUAACUAUGUUCCUAUUAAAACAUAGAACUUUAAACUAAACGAUUACAAAUUAUAAGUUAGCUGUUAAAGGAAAAACAUUUCUAUUUAGUUAUUGUAAACUUAAAAAAUUUCGUAAUAUAUUUUGUAAUAAAAUAUUUUAUGUUAUUAGAUACAUUAAUUAGCGUGUGUUAAGAAUAUUUAUCAAAAUUGUUAUAUCAAAAAGACAUUAAUUUAUUAAAUUUAUUAAAUUGAAUAUAAAUACAUUAUAUUUUUUGAAUUUUAUUUAUAUUUUAUGUGUGUGCAAUUACAAAAAUUUUUAUAAAUUUUCUUUUGUUGGAACUUGAAGCGAGCAAACCAUGAUUAGUCUGUCAACACUGGUCAACACAACACGAAGGUGCGAGCGGGAUGCACACGCUUCGAGCGAAUUACAGAAUAAUUAGUGUAAUUUUAUCGUAUUAAGAUAUUUGUGAUGUGAGGCGUAUGUGCGAACGAAUCAAACAAUGGAUGAACCUGUUGCAACGACUGAAAAAUCGAAAAAGAUAGAAGCUAUAAACAAAGAAACGAUUCAUCACAUCUGCUCCGGCCAGGUGGUGCUCGAUCUUGCGAUUGCAGUUAAAGAAUUAGUGGAGAACAGUUUGGACAGCGGUGCCACAGUAAUCGACGUCAAACUUACCGAUUACGGUAAAACGUGCAUUAGCGUUAGUGACAACGGUAGUGGUGUUUCGGAACAAGAUUUUGAAGGCUUAGGUUUGAAACACCACACUUCAAAGCUUCGGGAAUUCACAGACUUGACUGAAGUGGACUUGACUGAAGUGAACACAUUUGGCUUCCGUGGUGAAGCGUUGAGCUCGUUGUGCGCCUUGUCUGAGUUGAGUAUCAUCACCAGGCAUGCCACGAGCGAACACGGUUUCAAAUUGGAAUUUGACCGGAAUGGUAUCCUUACGAGGAAGGAACCGUAUGCCAGAGAGAAGGGUACCACAGUAUAUGUGAGGAACAUAUUCAAAAAUUUACCUGUGAGAGCAAAGGAGUUUCAGAAGAAUCUAAAGAAAGAGUACGCGCGCGCUGUUCAAGUCUUGUACAGUUACUGCCUGGUCUCCACUAACAUUAAGAUUACAUGUUCCAAUUUGCUAGCAGGAAAAUCGCCUAAUCUCAUCGUGACUACGAGAAAUGUUGAUGACGUACUGAGCAACAUCAAUUCCGUAUUCGGCAAGAAGUCUCUGGAUGGAAUUGUUAAACUCGAAUUACAAUCUCCUGAUGAGACGGUAUUGCAAGAAUACAACUUGCCUAGUGAUGCUACUGUAGAUUUUGAUUGGGAGUGUUACGUGAGCACCUGCGACCACGCAAUCGGACGUUCUUCGCCCGAUCGACAAUUUUUUUAUGUAAACGGUCGGCCGUGUGAUCUCACGAAGAUCAGCAAAUUGGUCAACAGCGUGUACCACAGGUACAACAUUAAACAAUAUCCGUUUGUCUUUUUCAAUAUCAAAUUGGACCGGCAAUGCGCCGAUGUUAAUGUUACUCCGGAUAAAAGGACAAUAUUUGUUACGCAAGAACGUCUCAUAUUAGCAACUCUGAAAUUCAGUUUAAUAACAAAAUGGGACAAACUGCAAGGGAAUUUUACAGUCAAAACUUUAACGGAAUUAAAUUUUGGUUUGAAAAGGACAAUCUCGCCUAAUCACGCGCAUUCGCCAGCUAAAAGAUUACAACUGUCCCCUUCAGUAUCGCAUAUUGUGAAAGAGAAUGAUACCACCAUCCAGACCAAUAUCAAAUCAUUGAAGAAGCCUACAGAUGUAAAUAUGGCGAUAAGUAUAGUAACAAUAAAAGAAAAAUUAAAUGAAAAACAGAAUAUUGCUACAGCACUCAGCAGUACAAUUAAAAGAAUAAAAUAUAGAGUACAAAUGGAAGGUAAUCAAAGCGAGGCUGAAAAAGAACUGCAAAAAGAAUUGACAAAAGAUUCAUUUGAAAAGAUGGAGAUAAUAGGUCAAUUUAAUCUUGGUUUUAUAAUAGCUCGCUUGGAAGAUGAUCUAUUUAUCAUUGACCAACACGCCACCGACGAAAAAUUUCGCUUCGAAAAACUCAGUAACGAAACAAAACUGAAAACCCAGAAACUUAUUGUACCAAAGUUGUUGAACUUCUCUGCAUUGAAUGAAACUAUACUUAUAGACAAUCUACAAACAUUCGAAAAUAACGGGUUUACUUUUAAUAUUAAUGAGCAAGCUGAGCCUGGUAAAAAAGUAGAAUUAAUAGGAAUGCCUGUCAGUGGUAAUUGGCAGUUUGGUCAAGAGGACAUUGAGGAAUUAAUAUUUCUCAUUAGAGAAGCGGGAAAUGAAAACAAACACAUGUAUCGUCCAAGUCGUGUCAGGCAAAUGUUAGCGUCCAGAGCGUGCCGCAGCGCGGUUAUGAUCGGCACAGCAUUAAAUACAAGUGAGAUGCAGAGGCUAGUAACGCAGAUGACACAAAUGUACAAUCCGUGGAAUUGUCCACAUGGCAGACCUACCAUAAGGCAUUUGUUAUCCUUAUUACUAGUAAACAAAUGAUCUGUGAUGUUUUCAUAAAAGUAUUUUAUAAAGACAUUUGUGUUUAAAUACAAGCAAAUAAUUCUUCAGCCACAAGUAAAUCUUUUAACAAAUUAUCAAAAUUAAAAAGUUACAUAAAUAAGAAUAAAAUGAUUUAAAAAACAAA